AUGGUUUCCGAUGAGCCUAUCGGAAGCCGAGCCAGCGAUGGCGUCGCCGACCUCACGCUGAUCAGCAACAUUGACGAGGGGGGCAUCAAUGAGAACCUGCGCGUUCGAUAUGAAAAUCAGUCAAUUUAUACUUACGCCGGGAGCAUACUGAUUGCCGUCAACCCCUACGAGGAGCUGGAGAUCUACGAGGCAGAGUACCAGGCCCUGUACUGCGGCCAGCGACUGGGCGACCUCGCGCCGCACGUCUUUGCCAUCGCCGAGUCCGCCUACCGGAAACUGUGCACCGACGACGCCGACCAGGCGAUAGUGAUCAGCGGCGAAUCGGGGGCGGGCAAGACCGAGUCAACGAA